AUGAUUUGCAACGACAAGUUGAGCAACUCUAGUCUCACACCGGCAAAACUAAAGGAACACUUCUUGAAGCUGCAUGGAGACGGAGAAUACAAGAACACAACACUUGCUGAAUUCAAGGUGAAGAGAGCCAGAUUCGAUGAAAGGGCUACUCAGCCUGCUCUUGGAUUUGUCCCUGUUAACAAACCGAUCCUCACAGCAUCAUACGAAGUUGCUUACCUGAUCGCAAAGCAGGGCAAGUCACACACCAUUGGUGAAACACUCGUGAAACCAGCUGCGUUAGAGAUGUCGAAUCUGAUACUUGGAACAGCGGCCGAAGGUAAAUUAUCCCAAAUUCCCCUUUCAAAUGACACUGUCAGUGACAGAAUAGAAGACAUGAGUAAAGACAUCUUGGCUCAAGUAGUCGCAGAUUUGAUUUCAAGUCCUGCAAAAUUUAGCCUUCAACUCGUCGAAACCACAGACGUUUCUGAUCUAAGCCAGCUUGCUGUUUUUGUGCGCUAUGUGAAAGACCACAUGAUAAAAGAAGAGUUUUUAUUUUGUAAGCCUCUUACAACAACAACGAAGGCAGCCAUUGUGACGCAUUGUAUUCUACACAGACAUGUGUUGGCAACAAAAACCUUGCCUCCAAAAAUGGCAGAAGUAUUAAAAACUGUGGUGGAAUGCGUGAACUAUGUCCGAAAAAGUGCUCUGAGGCACCGCAUCUUCAGUGAGCUGUGUAAAGAAAUGGACUCUGAAUUCGAGGUACUUCUGCUCCAUUCUAAUAUUCGGUGGUUAUCCCGGGGACAGGUGCUGAAUCGUGUUUUUGCCUUGCGUGCGGAAUUGGCCCUGUUUUUGCAAGAACACCAACACUGUCAUGCAGAUCACUUCAAAAAUCCUGAGUUUAUUCUCAUUUUAGCGUACAUGGCAGAUAUAUUCGCAGCACUCAAUCAUCUCAAUCAGCAGAUGCAGGGUGGUGGAGUCAAUAUCAUGGAAGCAGAAGAACAUCUGACAGCUUUUCAGAAAAAGCUACCAUUGUGGAAACGGCGAACAGAGAAUAAUAACUUUGCAAACUUCCCGCUUCUGGACGACUGUGUAAGUAAGAUCGAAGAUAUGUCUGGAAUCGGAGAUAUAUCUGUAUCCACGGAACUGAAGCAAACAAUUACCACACAUUUGGAUGCGCUUGCAAAGUCCCUCGAAGGAUAUUUCCCUACCUACAAGACAGUCAUACCCAGCAUGGGUGAGACAGCCAUUCACGUUUGCUGUUGA